CCAGAACGGAACGGCUGUAAACUAAAAUAGUAAAAUAAAAAGAUACUUUGCUUGCUAGAUUCGCGUCUCCUUGCCUAAGAUUAUGUAAAAAGAAAUGAGUACCGGGACUGAACAGAUAUUUCUGCCUGAUUCCGCGAGCAGCUUACCUCACGGAAUCGAAAUGAGGUCGAUGAGGCCCGGUAAUGGAGCGCCGACAAUCAACACAACCAAUCUUGAGAAUGUGUCGGACUUCUCAAAGGUGUGUCGUGUGUGUGCGACUGUCACAGAGCUGGUGGUUCCCAUCUACGGAGAAGAGGGCCUGCGCAUGAACCUUGCUGAUAAAAUAAAGAGACAUCUGCCUAUCAAGGUAACGGAGAAUGAUGUGCUGCCCCUGGUGGUAUGCUUCCAAUGCACCAGCACCCUCCUGGCGACGCACGAGCUGGUGGCGUGCAGCCUGCAGGCCGACGCGGCGCUGCGCACUGCAUGCACUCAGCGAGAGCAUCAGGCGCAGCAGUCCCAGCAGCGGCAGGAGCAGGUGCUGGACGCGGAGGGUUUCGUCGAGGACCGACCAGACGACUACCGGCGCUGCGAGUUCUGCCCCCUCGUGGUCCUCGGCGCCCUCUACAACAGCCACCUGCUGGGCCGCCACGCCGACCUGGUGUUCCACUGCGACGAGUGCAGCUCGUACGUCGCCCGCAGGCAGUUCCUCGCGCACAUGACCCGCCACGCGCACCAGUACGAUGCGGAAGGGCGCCGCGCGGCCCCCAAGUCCCUCGCCGCGCCGCCGUACUCCCCGCCCUCCCCCUCCCCCUCCCCCGCCGCCGCUACCGUCACCACCACCGCGGCCGCCGACUCCACCACCGCCUCCUCCUCGCCCACUUCCGACACAUUUAGCGACGGCGACGACGAGCGAGAAGACACACCACCACCGGAGUCGGAGCCGAACUACCGAAGUGAGAAUCCUGAACUAAAUCCUGGCCCGGAUCGGCUAAAUGUGGCGACCGGGUCGAAUGCAGCGCCCGGUCCGAAUGCAGCGGCCCGGCCGCCUCCGACAGCUGACCCGAAACCUGAACCCGUGCAAUCAAGCUUCGUGUCUAUUGAUGAUCCUCUUGAAAAUCCUGUGCCAGCUCCAAUAAAUCAGCCAGAGUCUAACGCGCAGGUUCAAGAAACAAAUGAGUCUAAGCCCAAGAAGACGCCGGUUGUCCGCCAAUGUCCCCACUGCCCUAAGACCUACACGGCUUCUUCCAGCUACUUCUACCAUCUAAAGUACACGCACGGUAAAAGCCGCGAGCACGAGUGUCCCACCUGCGGCCGCCGCUUCGGCACCCGCGGCGCGCUGCGCGAACAUUCCUCCCUGCACGAGCCGACGCAAGGCUUACAGUGCGAGCAGUGCGGGAAACGCUUCCGGACCAAAGCGGGUCGGUAUAUACACGCGCAGACGCAUAAAGAUGAGAAAGAAAAGAGAUUUGAAUGCGCUGAAUGUGGACGAGCGUUCCGCUGGCGCACGGAACUCAAACGCCACGUGACUAGACAUGCUGCGAACCGUACGCACGCAUGCGAGUGUGGACGCGCCUUUUCUGUGCGUGCCGAUUUGUUAAGACAUGCUCGCACACACAGACGUGCUGCGCAUUUGUGCCCGCACGCGGGAUGCUGCGCCACGUUCGCGCAACCGCGCUACCUGCGCGCGCACGUGGCGCGCAAGCACGCACCCGCGCCCGAUAAGGCGCAGGCGCAGCGCAAGUCUGCGUAAACUGGCUGUUCACUGUCCCGUGCCCUCACAUAUGGGUCACGGCAAGCCUCUAUUACAAAACUGUAAGGUGACAGUGGGGACAGUGAACGUGUUAAGACUUUGUAGCAUACGUGUACUAUAACUAGAUGCUAGGUGACAU